CAAAAAAGCGGGAAUUGAAACAAUUAAAAAUCCCAACCAAAAACAAAUUGGAAGAUAAUAAUCUCCCAAAAAAUUUGCUAACUGGUUGCCAAGCUGGAACCAGUCAAAAAAGAACUUUCAAAUUAAUUGAAAAUCAAUUACAACAAGCUAAAGAACGAUUACAAACUAAAGUAACUACUGAGGAAAUUAACCAACUUUGCCAACUACAAACUGAAAUAACUAGCUUAGAAAUAAAGUUAGAACAAGAGCAAGCCCAAGGAGAGGAAGAAUUAGUAGCCAAGAUUGAAAUUUCUUCGAAGUUCGAAUCCUUCCCCCGCUACCAAUUAAAACAACUAAUAGUAAAAAUAUUAAACAUGGAAAAUUCCACAACAUUAUUAACCGAAUUACUAGAAGAAGAAAGAAAUCCACUGAUGAGUGUCGAAAGUGCUGCACUUGGUGCAAUUUUAGGAUUUGCCUUGGGA